AUGAAUGGUUCACCAACUCAGCCAUUUGAAGCCAGGAAAGGACUUAGACAGGGGGACCUACUAUCCCCUUUCCUUAUUGUGCUGGCAAUGGAGUAUCUCACAAGAAGAUUGAAGGCAUUACAUCACAUACCAGAUUUCAACUAUCAUCCUAAGUGUGCAAAGAUGCAAAUCAUGCAGCUUGGAUUUGCAGAUGACCUUUUGUUGUUUUGCAGGGGUGACAUGGUUUCAAUUCAGUUACUAUACAAUUGCUUUCUGGAUUUCUCAAAAGAAUCAGUGUUGGAGAUCAACAAGAAGAAAAGUUCCAUAUUCUUUGGUGGAGUAUCACAAGAUAUUCAAGCAGACAUACUGGAGUUCCUGGGAAUUCAAAAAUGGGAGUUGCCAGUAAGGUACCUGGGAGUACCUCUAAGCUCUAAAAGGGUCUCACUAGUUCAAUGUAAACCUCUACUUGACAAACUAGUGGGAAGAAUUACAUCCUGGACGGUCAAGCUAUUGCCAUAUGCAGGGCGACUACAACUAAUCAAAAGUGUUUUGUUCUCCAUUCAAACCUAUUGGGCUCAAAUCUUCAUGCUUCCAAAGAAGAUUACCAAGUUGAUUGAGGCAAUUUGCGGAAGUUUUUUAUGGACAGAAGACAACAACAUAUCAAAGAAAGAUCUACUAGCUUGGGAGAAAGUAUGCCAACCCAUGUCAGCAGGAGGCUUCAAUGUAUUGGAUAUUGGCCUAUGA